ACACACAGCUACGCUCCUCUUUUCUUCCCUCUGUGGAAAACAUCAAUGGACAGAGUGGAUUUGCAUGUCCGGCUGUCUGUGCCAAUGGUUGCAGUGCAGCGCCGGAGCGAGCGGGUGGAGCCGGAGGAAGCAGCUCAAACACUCACAGCAUCCGACUGCGAUCCGCAGCGAGCUCUGCCUCAGAGACCGCGUCGCGUCUGUUCCUUUUGUUUUGAUCGCGUGCGUGAAACACAGUUUCAUCGGUGAUCUGUGCAGACACGCGCUCCGUCUGCGGCUCCGCGUCCACGCGCUUCAUCGCAUUCACAGCUCGGACGAGGAUGCGUUUGUGAGAUUACUACUUGUCAGUGGACGUUGUUUGCUGUGUGUUUGUGUGUUUGUGUGUGUUUGUGUGUGUGCGUGUGCGCGUGUGUUCGGGGUCCUGGCUUCACACAGAGCAGAGCACGAGCGGGGAAGCAGAUCGUCCGUCCUCUUGGUAGCAGAGAGCACGUGUCCCCAGAGAUGAACAAGCUUCGUCAGAGCCUAAGGAGGAAGAAGCCUACCUACGUCCCAGAGGCCAGCAGACCGCACCAGUGGCACUCUGACGAGGAGGCUGUACGCAAGGGCAAAUGUAACUUUCCUGUCCGGUACCUGGGGUUGGUGGAGGUGGAGGAGUCGAGAGGGAUGCAUGUCUGUGAGGAGGCGGUGAAGAAGCUCAAAGUUAGCGGGAAAAAGACAGUGAAGGCAGUGUUGUGGGUGUCAGCUGAUGGACUCCGGGUGGUUGAUGACAAAACGAAGGAUCUCAUAGUGGACCAGACCAUCGAGAAGGUUUCAUUCUGUGCCCCUGACCGUAACUACGACAAGGCCUUCUCCUACAUCUGCAGAGAUGGGACCACCAGACGCUGGAUGUGCCACUGUUUCAUGGCUAUCAAAGACACGGUGUGUGGGGAGCGACUGAGUCAUGCAGUGGGUUGUGCCUUCGCCGCCUGUCUGGAGAGGAAGCAGCGCAGGGAGAAGGAAUGCGGCGUCACUGCAUCCUUCGACGCCAGCCGCACCUCGUUUGUUCGCGAGGGUUCCUUCCGUGGAAACUCCUCCUCCUGCAGCCAGCAGGGCAGCAGCAGUGAGCGGGAUGACAAACUGCAGGACAAGAAGAGAGACCAGCCCGUCUCUGGCGUCCCAGCUCUCCCACCUGGCACUGCCUCCCCACCAGAGGGUGCGGCGUCCCCCAUGGACCGCCCAGAACCAGGUGGACCCCAUGCCAUCCCCCGCCGCCACGCGCCGAUUGAGCAGCUGGUGCGUCAGGGCUCAUUCCGGGGAUUCCCAGCUCUGAGCCAGAAGAACUCCCCUUUCAAGAGGCAACUGUCACUGCGCCUCAACGACCUGCCUUCGACUCUGCAACGCAAGACUGACUUCCAGGCCACGAGCCCUGAGAUGGAGAUGGGAUUACCAGGAGAGGCAGACCACAGUAUUAAUGCCCUGUGCAGCCAGAUUAACAUGUCUUUCACUAAACCAUCAGACAAGCUCUUCUCCAACACGCCUCUGUCUACAAAUGGCCCUCCAAUCUGCACUGUGCCCCCGAUCCUGCCCCCGCCACCUGUACCCAUGCAAGCUACUUCCUCCUGGGUGCAACCAGAGCCUCCUCUCCACUCUCCACCUGCACUUCCUGUGGCAAUCCACCUGCAGAGCGGACACAAGCGCACACCGUCUGAGGCAGAGAGAUGGCUGGAGGAGGUUUCCAAGGCUGUCAAGGCUCAACAGACCCCUCCACCAGGUCCGACCAUCCUGGCCAUUCCCGGACCACCCACAGUUUCCACUCAGGCAGCUUUAUUAGCUGCACCGGUGACGACUGUCUCCGCGUCCAAACCCCUCAUCUCAGGCCCCUCUGCCAUGUCGAGUCAUGUCCCAUUGCCCCUUCCACCCAUGCCGCUAUCAUCCGUUCCUCUAAUACCAGGACCUCCAGUGUCAGGGCCUCCCAUGUCUUUACCUUCCAUGUCCAUCCCCACAAUGUCUGCGCCAAUCAUGUCUGGGGCCCCUAUGAUCCAGCCCUCUGUUCCUGGGCCCCCAGGAUCCCUUCCGAGUUGCAUGCAGCCCUUCCCCUUGGGUUAUGAUGCUACUCCAGCCUCUCUAGGAAUGUUUUCCAGUCAGCCAGUUCAGCCAGCGUUUGCAUCCAUGCAGAGCUACAUGCCAGGCUUGGCCAGCAGUAUGACUUUCCCCAAUGCCAGUGUGCCUGUAGUGGGCAUCACACCCUCACAAAUGGUGGCCAAUGUCUUCUGCACUGCCACAGGGUCAUCAGGUGGAGGCGGAGCCAUAGGCUCUGCCGGAGGAGGAGGAGGAGGACCUAAAGUGGGGGCGAUCGGAAUAGUCGGCCAGCCGCACCAUUCUUACACAGGAGCUCCUGCUGCAGUUGGGCCCACUGGAGCGUUUUCAACACCGCCAUUCUCUUCCACUCCACCAUCAUUAACAACCUUCAAUGGCCUCCCUCUGCAUAGCAGCGCCAUCCACAACGGAAGCCCCAGCUGUGGCAGGAAUGUUGGCAGCACCAGCAGCUGGCCACCAGAGGGCAGUCAGCUGGCAGCUCCAGUGGCCAGUGAGUCUCAAGAUGAUGAUCGCUUUGAGGCCAAGUGGGCAGCGCUGGAGACCAAACCCGGGCCUCAGCAACCAGGAAAUAAAGGACCGGCUGCAGCAGCCAACCCGUUUUCCAACAAUCUACAAAAGACGUUUGAGAUUGAGCUUUAAGACGGACUCGGCCCCUCGAAGCUGUAGUGCACGACCUGGGCUCAAAGCCUGAGAAAGCCACUGAUUCUCUGCUAAGAAAAGGAUGCAUUUCCCUUCUGUUUCCGAGCAUCUGAGCUGUGGCAACUUGAUCGGAUCUCCUGUAGAAGUGAGUACUGUAAUGAUAUGAAUUGCUUUCUUUACACUCUAUGAGAUUGGAAGAAAGUCGGCAGGUUGCUCGGCUGCCAUCAGAGCGUCUGACCUCUGGUUCUUUAGGCUCGAUAGACUCCGCCUGCUGCUUUCACCGCACCACGCUUCACUUUUUCUGCUUCCACUCCCAGAAUGUACUGUCUUUGAGAACAUUGGAGGUGAAGGAGGCAACGUUCUGGGGUUUCUUUCCUUAAAGGGGACUCCACUCAGAUGCAUUCCAGUCUUACAGGAUGUUUUUGGCAGUCUUGUUUCUGGUGGAGAGUUACUGAACACUGCUAAACCACAAGAUACGAAGAGACUAAUGAUCAGACUGCUGCUGGUCUUAGUCGAGCACAGUGGAUGUUUUAAUAUAUGAAAGUCCUAGCCAAUGAUGACCUUUGACCUGACCCUACUAACCCAAAAAGGACAUACUUAACAAUAGUAGAGAUUAAUAGCCAAAAUUAUUUUAUUAAUUAUAUUUUAUUUUUUAUAAGUUAUACAUAUAUAU